CAAAGUUGUAGUGUGGGAUUAUGCCCGGAGAGAAGAAAUAGGAAGCUACACAGUCCACCGAGAGGAGAUCGCUAGCGUGGACAUUUCAGCCGAAGACCAUUACGUUGUAAGUCUUGGCGGGCUACUGGAUGGCUACCUCGUCGUAUGGCACGUGGAAACCAGGAAACCGAUUUGCAGUGUGACUGCAGGGGAACCGGGCCUAGGAACUCCAACACUGCUCCAUGCUGCACCCAUCACGCCAACAUUGAUGAUUGUGGGUGGACUGGCGCUACUCCGGGCGUGGACUCUUCAGCUUUCAAACAAUCGACUGACCCCGACACCCAUUCAAGUUGGUCUUUUGGAGAGGAAUUACACGGGACUUCAGAUAGAUGCUAGAGAGAAGUUUCUGUAUGCUGCUACUACUACUGGAGACGUUGUUAAAAUACGACUGAAUAUGGAGGGAGGCAAAGCUGUGUCAGGUGGUCCUAUUCUGUUGGCAGUGAUGGCACCAAUGCCGAUGAGAGGUCCAGGUAUUCCAAAGCUUUCUCGAGCUGCAACACCAGUCAUUCAGGCAUUCUUGGUCAUGAUUGGUGACGACUUCCUGGUGGGGGACAUGGGAGGAUCUGUACGAGUGUACAGACAAGAGGGAGACAUGGAUGAAGAGGGACGCCCUGUUCAGCCUCCUUCCACUCGCGCCCAUGGGACUGUUAAAUAUACCCACCCCAAGGAUCCUACAAGACCCCUACUGAGGCAGCUUUGGAGCGUGGAGUUGGGAUCACCCGUGACAUCUUUAAGUUUGGUGGGUGACACGCUCAUAGCAGGCACCUUCAACUCAGAGAUCCGCCAAAUGCGGCUUCUUUUCAAGGCUCUUCCCACGAGCCUGGGAGCUCGCAUAGGUUCAGGUCACAACAACCGGAAUUCGUCGAAAGGUGGGAAAAAUAUAAACGAAGGGAAAAGCAAGAAAACGAUCAAGCACACACAGUUUAGUGACGAGAAUGUUGCGAAGAUAGUUGUGUCUGAAAUUGCCCCUGAGCCAGAACUGCUGUCCACAUGUCAUUCAGAGCCUAUUUAUGAUGUCUCAUUUCCGAGUGGUGUAGGAGAGCUGGUGGUGACUGGAGGGGAGGGAGGAGUGAGAGUAUGGAAUGUCCGCUCCCUGGAAGAAGUGUUGAGGGUCCAGCUUCCAGGUCUUAUCUGCUCCUGCUGUCAUGUUACUCACACACUUCAGAUAAUUGUUAGUGGUUGGAGUGAUGGCCGCCUCCGUGGGCUCGGUGCAGAAAGUGGGCGUGUGAUGUGGGUUGUCGACGACGCCCAUUACGGGGGCGUGAACACUGUCGUGGCACUGCGCAACGGAAGAGUUGUGUCCGGAGGCUGCGACGGACGGGUCCGCGUUUGGGCGCACGAGGGGUUGGGAAUGCGUAUGCUGGCCUCGCAGAAGGAGCACAGAGGAGAGGUGACCCAUCUGUCACUAGACGCUGCUCAGAGCAGAGUUCUGUCCUGCAGCGGAGAUGGAACGUGCAUCCUCUGGGAUCUUCCAUCUCUAGAACGGGUGUAUAACCUGACGGCACAUACGGUUUUCCUUGGAGGAACAAUUCUGAGCAGCGGUGAGAUGGCAACUGUUGGCAGCGACGGGUCUGUACUUGUCUGGGAACGGCAUGAUGGCGCUCUGUUGGCAGAUCUACCCACUUCAAUAAAGCCAAUUACCUCUAUUUCUUCUACUGCUGAUGAUGGAACUCUCGUGACAGCUGGAGAAGAUGCUGUUGUCAGGGUUUGGAACUGGAAUAAAGGACGCGUGAGCCACGAAGGGCGAGGCCACAGCGGCUCUAUCACUCGCAUCAGUCUGUCUCCGGAUGGGAAAGUGCUCGCGACCGUUGGAAAGGACGGGGCUCUGCUCUUCUGGAAGAUGCCUUGAUGCACCCAGAAGAAAGAAAGAAUAGUCCCUACUCGUACAGUUCUGCGUUCACUGGCAUUUAAAUUUCUUUAUGGUGAUUUACAAAACGCAUAUCUUAGGAACAACAAACUUCUUCAACAGUUUUCUCUGCAAAAUAG